GUUUUUGCUUGGGUGGUAGGUAGUAUCUUCUGUUUUGCUUGGAUAGUAUUUAGUAUGCUGGGUUUCUCAGGAAGCAGCCUCUGAAAUGGAGUGAGGAUGUUUAUGAAGCAGCACCCUUGGGAUCUACACCUGUCGAAGUGGGGAAGGAAGCAGGUUCAAGUAGGAGAGGCUGAGCUUCCCUUCAGGCACAUCAUUCGCCACAGCCAACCCCACUGGGAACUCAGUUUGAAUGGCCCUUCAGAGUAUCCUGAGCUGGGACACUCCCACACCAGUCAGUUACUGGAUGUGCACCUGCAACCCCCAUCCCAGCCACAGGACCUGACCUGGUGAAGACGGCCUUCUGCAGCUGAGACAAUCCUUAAGGGAUAGCAUUUAAGCAACUGGGAUAAGUCCUUUAUUGAAGAGGGACCUGGAUGCCAUAUCACAGUGCAGAUAGUGUGAGAAACAGCCAAGAAGUCAGGUUUGCUGGAUGUUCUUUCUGGUGAAUUGUUGACACUAUAAUGUUGGCUAACUUACGGUUUUAAAAAGAAAAUGAUAACGUGCCAUAUUUCUGUGUGUAAGGAAAUGGUACUAAAUAAAAGACUUUUUCAUGGUUCAUGUGGUUUGGAAAAUAGGAUUUUAAAGAGUGAAAAAGAGCACAAUUUAAUAAAUGAGCGUUAAAUUUUAAAGUAUAAUUGUCUUAGUUCAUUCAGGCUGUUAUAUCAAAGGACCUAGACUGAGUAGCUUAUCAACAAAAGGGAUUUCUUUCUCGCCAUUCCGGAGGUCAAGAAAGCCAAGAUCAAGGUGCCUGCAGAUUCAUUGUCCGGUGAGGCACGGCUUCCUGGUUCAUAGAGGGCUGUCUUCUCGCUGUGUCCUCACGUGGCAGAAGGGUCAUAGCUUCAAUUAUGUUCCUACUGCAUGCGCGGAGUCUUCUAUGCCUGCUUAAUACAUGAGACAUGGUUCUCAAAAGGACUCACAAUCUCAUCAAAAAUCACAUUCGUUAAGAUCACCGCCAAUUUAAUCAGAAACGUAUACAAUUCGGGAAGACGUCACGCUCAUGGAAUGGUGCAAAAGCUGGACCAAAAGCUUCCAGUGGCUAAUGAGUACCUGUUGCUCUCUGGAGGUGUCCGGGAAGGCGUGGUGGACCUGGACUUAGACGAGCUUAAUGUCUAUGCCCGGGGGACUGACUAUGAUAUGGACUUUACCCUCUUGGUGCCAGCCCUCAAGCUGCAUGACCGUAAUCAGCCUGUGACACUCGACAUGCGCCACUCAGCCUUGUGCCACUCUUGGCUGAGCCUUCGGCUCUUUGAUGAGGGGACAAUCAGUAAAUGGAAAGACUGCUGCACCAUUGUAGAUCACAUCAAUGGUGCCACCAACUACUUCUUCUCACCUACCAAAGUGGCUGACUGGUUCUAUGAUUCUAUCAGCAUUGUCCUAUCAGAAAUACAGAAGAAACCCCAGCGAGGGAUGCCAAAGGUGGAAAAGGUAGAAAAAAAUGGGACCAUCAUCUCCAUCAUUCUGGGUGUAGGGAGUAGCCGCAUGUUGUACGAUAUUGUCCCUGUGGUAUCUUUCAAAGGUUGGCCUGCGGUGGCCCAGAGCUGGCUCAUGGAGAACCACUUUUGGGAUGGGAAGAUUACGGAGGAAGAGGUCAUCAGUGGGUUUUACUUGGUGCCUGCUUGCUCCUACAAGGGUAAGAAGGACAAUGAAUGGCGGCUGUCCUUUGCCAGGAGCGAGGUGCAGUUGAAGAAGUGCAUCUCCAGCAGCCUCAUGCAGGCCUAUCAGGCCUGCAAAGCCAUCAUCAUUAAACUGCUGUCCCGGCCCAAGGCUAUUAGCCCCUAUCACCUGCGGAGCAUGAUGCUCUGGGCCUGCGACAGACUUCCUGCCAACUACUUGGCGCAAGAAGACUAUGCAGCCCACUUUUUGCUGGGCCUCAUCGAUGACCUGCAGCACUGUCUGGUCAACAAGAUGUGCCCCAAUUAUUUCAUCCCUCAGUGCAACAUGCUGGAACACCUGUCUGAGGAGACAGUCAUGCUUCACGCCCGGAAGCUGUCCUCUGUGCGCUCAGACCCGGCAGAGCACUUGCGCACUGCCAUUGAGCAUGUCAAGGCAGCCAACCGGCUGACACUGGAGCUCCAGAGGCGAGGUAGCACCACCAGCAUCCCCUCCCCACAGUCCGACGGAGGGGACCCCAACCAGCCUGAUGACCGUUUGGCAAAAAAACUGCAGCAGCUAGUGACUGAGAACCCGGGAAAGUCAAUCUCUGUCUUUAUCAAUCCUGACGACGUCACAAGGCCCCAUUUCAGAAUUGAUGACAAAUUUUUCUGAGUGUUAGCUGACUUUUUUUUUUUUUCCCCGGUUCUUAAACUCUGAUAAUGUGUCGUGUUGGUUUAUGAUGCUAUCUUUCUGUUUUUUACAUAUCCAGCCUAGAUUGGAUUUGUUAAGAACAAAUUUUAAGUUUCCUGGUUCUGCAGGAUGGUGCAGGCUCUGAAACAGUAUAUUACUAUUUCAUAUUCUGCUUCUGAUUUCAUUGUUUACUUUUUGUAGUUAUUGUCUUGCUCUUUAGUUUGUUGGAGUUUUUUUUCUUUUUAAGGAGAUCUUGAGCCAUAGAUGAAAAUGCCCAUGAGUCCUCCUGCUUUUUUCUGUUUCAUGCUUGGUGCAGAUUUGUUCAUGGGUAUGAGGAAACAAAUCUCUUUCUGACGCUUAACGAUUCUAUUGUAUUAUUUUUAUUAUUUUGCUUUUGUCUUUUUUUCUUGCGAGCUUUCACCACUACUGAUAUUUGAGAAUCAUAUGAACCUGGGAACUACCUGGCGUGUUAGCUGGAUUUGUUUAUUUUGACCAGUGACCAGAGUAGCUUCCCCGUUUUCCACCAAACAAUGUAAACUUUGAAAGUGAUAAUACUACAAAUUGUGUUUUGGAGCAACUUCACUGAAUGUAAUUGUCCUCAAAUCAGAGAACACUGGGUGGUUGGAAGGGUGUGUUUGAGUUUUCCAAACAGAAUUACCGUUUCCAAAUGUUAGUUUUAGCAUAUGUAAUUAUUUGAAGCCUUAUUUAAAUCCUGUUAAAGAACAUACCAUUAUAAUUAUUAUUUGCACUAAUCUUUGCCAUUGUCAGAACUGCAAAGUGUGUUUCAAUAUAAAUUAACAACCACUCUUGAAAUUCUAUCAUUUUUUCAUUUUGCCCAUUUCUCUCGAUCAGUGGAAUGCUUCUUUGCAUUUGCUUCGUUCUCCUUCAAUAGUGGGGUCCUGUUUUACCCUCUUUGAUAUUCCUGAUUCCUGUCUUACUGAGAGAAGUUUUUAAAGCUUUAUACAUGUUGACUCCAUCUAAAGCUGGGGAAAAUACAUGCUCGAUAAAGUAGGUGUCUUUGUAUUUAUUCCUUUUGGGGUCGUCGAGGUAAGCUUCUUUUGUAAAGUCUCUGACUCUUCCUGAGGGUUUUGAGGAAAACUGGCGGGAAGAACUUACAAUCCCCAAAUAGAAGGUACCACGUUUGUUCAAAAGCAGGUAUCGCUAUAGAGCAGGAACCAGGAAAUAUCUGUGGGUGCAAUCCUUGGUCUAGAGGUGUCCUGUCUUCAUGAAUGAAGUUACUUGCCUGAUUUCGGUGCUGUAAGGCAUUGGCUCCCUGUUUUCGUAUAGACUCAUGGCAAACUGGUGUUUAAGAGGUCAGGAGGCCUGCUGAUCUUUCAAAGGACACCCAUGAUGUCUACUCAUGGAAAGGUCAAGCAACGUGUUCAUUUUGGUCUUGAAUGUCCAAACUCAUGGGUUGGAUUUCGGCCAAUUGAAAUCAGACAUAUGCGAUCUUGGGUUUUUGCAUGGAAAUUAAUGUAAUGCUUAUAAAUGAAAAUGAAAACAUUCAACCAUCUAAGUCAAACACAAAAAUAAUAAUAAAAAAGGAAACAUACUGGCCUUGAAA